AUGACUAUUAUGCUUCUUCCAGAAGAGAUAGGGAGAGAGACAGGUCAAGAGACCGUCGACGCUCGCGAGACAGGGAUCAUCGCCGCCGAAGUCGGGAUCGAGACGGUCGUUCAAGACGGGACGAUUCUCUCCAGAAAACGCAAACGGGACGAUGAUCGUGAUGGCACGUCAAGGAGAGAUGCCGGCAAUGGGUCCAGAGAGGUGUCCAAACCAUCCACUCCCAUCGCCCAAACGGCCGAAGAACAGAAAGCGGCCCGUCUAGCCAAGCUAGAAGCGUGGAAAAAGAAACAAGCAGAGGAACAAGCUAAGAAGCAGAGGGAACUUGAAGCUGCUGGUGGGGCAAGAAGUAUAUUGCAAGAGAUUGACAGAAAAGCAGGCAUCUUGCCAAUAGCCACCUCCCCGCAAUCGCCUGUGUCUGCUGCUGCAGCUCCCGAGUCCACAUUGCCGGCUCCCACACCAUAUGCUGGCAAGUUCGAUCCCAAAGCCAUCGCGAAGAAGGCCCACCAUGCCACGACAACCAAUAAAGUGCUCGGAGGUGAUAUUGCUGCACCCGCCUUAACUAAUGGUGCUUUCAAGGCCUCGCAAAAUGCUCCCAAGUCACCUUCAGAUAGCUUGUCCACUACAAAGGCGCUCAAAGCCAAAGGCAAUCUCGGCAGGUUCGGGCUCGGCAGUAAGGCCGCCGUGGACAGCGAUGCACCUAAGAAGGGCCUCGACUUUGCAGAUGACGAAGACACCAAGAAAAAACUUGAAAGACUCCCAAAUCUGGCGCUGGAAGAAGGCGACGCAGUCGAUAACGGGGAGAUGGACGAAGUCGACGAUGAGGGAGAUAAUGACGUCGACAUGCAAGGCGAAGACGGCGACGAAGAUGUCGAGGCGAUGGCUGCCGCACGCGCCGCGGCAGAGCAACGGAGCAAGGCAGAAAGGGGUGAAGAUACCGCCAUGUCCGAUGCACCUACGGCCGUCGCAGUCAAUGAAGAUGCGGAAGAGGAAGAGGUUGAUCCUUUGGAGGCUUUCAUGCAAGGUCUACAACCGGUUGAAGCCAAGAAAUCCUUCAACCAGAAGUCAAAGUCCAAGAUGCGUCAGCAGGAGCCCGAGGCAUUGUUCGGAGAUGAUGGUGUGGACAUGACUGCGGUUGAUGACGAGAAUCCCGACAAUAUUCUUUCUCUUGCUAGUGCCAAUGCGAAGAAGAAGAAAAAAGAUAUACCCAUGGUCAAUCACGAAAAGGUCCAGUAUCGACCAUUCAGACGCAACUUCUACUCCGAGCCGGUGGAGAUGGCAGACUGGACAGAGGAAGACGUGGCCACGUUACGAAUGGAGCUGGACAACAUCAAGGUUCGCGGUGUCGAUGUUCCGAAACCCGUCCAGAAAUGGGCUCAGUGCGGCCUGGGUGUCCAGGUCCUUGAGGUUAUCCAGAAACUUGGCUACGAAGCACCAACCAGCAUUCAAGCUCAAGCUAUCCCAGCAAUCAUGUCUGGUCGCGAUGUCAUCGGCGUCGCAAAGACUGGCUCGGGCAAGACCAUUGCCUUCCUCCUUCCCAUGUUCAGGCAUAUCAAGGAUCAGCGCCCGCUUGAAGCCCUCGAUGGGCCAAUCGGAUUGGUUCUGAGUCCAACUCGCGAGCUUGCCACGCAAAUCCACAAAGAGUGUAAACCGUUCAUCAAGGCUCUCGGUCUGAGAGCAGUGUGCGCGUACGGUGGUGCGCCGAUCAAGGAUCAGAUUGCUGAUUUAAAGCGUGGAGCAGAGAUCGUCGUCUGUACUCCCGGCCGAAUGAUUGACCUGCUCGCGGCCAACAGUGGCCGUGUAACAAACCUGAAGCGUGUCACAUAUGUGGUCUUGGAUGAAGCUGACAGGAUGUUUGACAUGGGUUUUGAGCCUCAAGUGAUGAAAAUUCUCUCCAACAUCCGUCCGGAUCGUCAGACUGUCCUGUUCUCAGCAACCUUCCCUCGCCAAAUGGAAGCCCUGGCGAGAAAGACAUUGAGUAAACCCGUGGAAAUCGUGGUUGGUGGCCGCAGUGUCGUUGCGCCAGAAAUCACUCAGGUUGUGGAGGUUCGUGAGGAGAACACCAAGUUUGUUCGCCUGCUCGAGCUUCUCGGCAAGCUCUAUGAAGAUGACAAAAACGAGGAUGAUCGAGUCCUUGUCUUUGUCGAUCGGCAAGAGUCCGCCGACGGUCUUCUUCGAGAUCUGAUGAAAAAGGGAUAUCCUUGUAUGUCCAUUCACGGAGGAAAAGACCAGAUCGACAGAGAUUCCACAAUCGACGACUUCAAGGCCGGCGUUGUGCCGAUCCUCAUCGCGACCUCUGUCGCCGCUCGGGGUCUCGAUGUGAAGCAGCUCAAGCUUGUGGUCAACUAUGAUGCACCGAACCACUUGGAAGACUAUGUGCAUCGUGCUGGACGGACUGGCAGGGCUGGAAAUACUGGGACUGCCGUCACUUUUCUCACCGAGGAGCAAGACAGAUAUGCCGUUGACAUUGCCAAGGCGCUUAGGCAGAGCGGGCAGCCUGUGCCUGAGCCUGUUCAGAAACUCGUCGACGGCUUCAUGGAGAAGGUCAAAGCCGGCAAGGAGAAGGCCGGUGCCUCUGGGUUUGGUGGCAAAGGUCUUGAACGACUUGACCAGGAACGUGAUGCUGCCAAGGCUCGUGAACGCAAGACAUUCAAGACCGGCGAGGAAGGGGAGGAGCAGGAGGAGAAGGAGGAGACCAAGGACAUCAAGGUUGGCGACGACAUAUUCGCCAAAGCCGCUUCAGGUGUCAAAGCGCAUGAUGCACCUUCCAGCACACCUGGUGUACCUAAAGGCAUCGAUCUUGACGGUAAAAUCGUCGUCCACAAGACCGAGCGACCCGAGCCGGCUGCCGGUGGCAAAGCAAGCACGGAUCCGCAGAACCGGCUGGACAAGGUCGCCGCAGCGGUCAACGCGAUCAACCAGAAACUGUCCAAGGCGGGAGUCAUGCGGUCUGGCGUGCCUAUUGACAACAAGGGUCCUGACGCCGGCGCAUUCCAUGCCACCUUGGAGAUCAACGACUUUCCUCAAAAAGCACGUUGGGCUGUUACCAAUCGGACGAACGUGGCUAAAAUCCUCGAGUCCACCGGUACAUCGAUCACGACGAAAGGCUCCUUCUAUCCUGCGGGCAAGGAGCCUGGUCCGAACGAGAAUCCGAAGUUGUAUAUUCUGGUUGAGGGAGAUACGGAGGUUGUCGUCCAUGAUGCGAUGAGGGAACUGAUGCGCUUGUUGAAGGAAGGCACGAUGAGUGCAUCGGAGGCGGUUGAAAGGCCAAGCGGCAGGUACUCGGUCCUGUAG